GAGAUCCAACAAACUCCAAGUCAACCGACGGCUGAACUUGGAGCAGGUGGCCGACAGCAAGGACCUUUCCAAGUUCAUGGAACCCGCCGGCCUUGUUCCGGGUGGGUCCAUGCUGCCGUUGCCGAAGCAAGCCCCAGAGCUGUCCUCGGAUGAAGAGCUCUCUGGAGAGGACGCGGAGGCCUUGGCAGCAGAAGACUUGGCCCGUUCAGAGAGGAAAAAG